CACAAAUUCUUGCAACAGAAACAGCAACUUUGGUAAUAGAGAUAUUAAUUAAAUGCUUUGAUUACAACUAACUGCAAGCCGAACGCAAUGGACACAUAUUCGGCGGAUGUUGUAUAUCAAGCGAUCAGUGCACUAUUUCAAGGCACCAAUCCCAAAGAGCAGGAGAAGGCAAACAAAUGGCUGCAGGACUUUCAAAAAUCGAUCUUCUCGUGGACCAUUGCGGACGAGCUGUUGCAUCAGAAACGCGAUUUGCACGCCAAUUACUUUGCCGCCCAGACGAUGCGCAACAAAAUACAGAAUUCGUUCAGUGAAUUGCCGCCGGAAACGCACGAAGCUCUCCGAGAUUCGCUGAUAACGCACAUUGGCCAGAUCGAUGAUCAGACAGACAGUGUGAUUGUUACCCAACUGAGUCUGGCCGUCGCUGAUCUGGCACUACUCAUGGCCAGCUGGCAGGAGCCGAUCAGUGAUCUGUUAAAGGUGCUCGCACCGCAUCCGGCAUCAAUUUGGCCGCUGCUCGAGGUGCUCAAGGUGCUGCCGGAGGAGAUUGAUUCACGAUUUCUGCGACUGGGCGCCAACCGGCGCGAGGAGGUCCACAAGCAGCUGGACGCUAGUGCCGAGUGUGUGCUGGAAUUUCUGUGCAUGUGCGCACAGCGCGAGGAUCUCGAUCAGCAGCGGAUUUGGCGAGCAACGUUAUGCACGUACAGCGCCUGGCUGGUCAUACACGCCUUCCCGCUCACCCACAUCUGUGACAAUGCGCUCUCCCAGCUCGCCUUUCGCCUGCUUAGCCAGCCGGCGGAGACGUCGGGCAAGCUGCAUGACAAUGCCACCGAAUGUGUCUGUGCGCUGCUCAGUUGCAUGGCCACAAGGAGCGGCAGUUUGGACGGGGAUGCACAGGUGGCGCGCAUCUUUGAUGCCGUCUGCCAACUGGAGACGGCAUAUCAUUUGAGUGUCGCCCACGAGGACACCGAUAAGACGAUUAACUAUUGCCGCAUCUUUACCACACUCUGCGAUACGUUCUCGUUUGACAUGUUCGAGCAGCAGCAGGCGAUGAAGGGACUGGAUUUAGUGCUGCUAUGUGUCGGUCAUUUCGAUUAUGAGGUCGCCGAGAUCACAUUUCAUUUGUGGUACAAGCUCAGUGAGGAUCUGUUCCAGCGCUACGAUGACAAGCUGACGGCACGCUUUCGACCCCACAUCGAGCGACUGAUCAGCGCCCUUUAUCGGCACGCACAAAUGGAGAGCGAUCACGACGGUCUCAUCGAGGAGAAUAACAAUUUCUACGAUUUUCGACGGAAGGUCUCCGAUCUGUUGAAGGAUGUGGCCUUUAUUGUUGGUUCCGGUGCGUGCUUUAAGCAAAUGUUCAUCAUACUACAGACGCCCAACACAACGUGGGAGUCCACAGAGGCAGCACUGUUUGUCAUGCAGAAUGUGGCCAAAAAUAUACUGCCGGAUGAGAACGAUGUGAUACCCAAGGUGGUGGAGGCGAUACUCAAUAUGACGGAUCAGACGCACAUUGCAGUGCGGUACACAUCGAUAAUGCUGAUUGGUGAGCUCUGCGACUGGAUUGAGAAUCAUCCGGAGCUGUUGCAGGCCGUGCUCAAUUUUCUGCUGUAUGCGCUGCAGCAGAAGAACGGCUUGGCGCCGGCGGCGGCGAUUGCGCUAACCUCCAUCUGCUCGGCGUGCAGACAGAAGAUGGUCUGCCACAUCAGCGGUCUGGUGGAGAUAGCGCGAAGCUUGGACAGCUUUCAGAUCAACAACGAUGUGGCCAUUGGGCUGCUAAAAGGCAUAUCGCUUAUAUUGACGAAGUUGCCCCGAGAGCAACUGCAACCAGCACUGCGAGAGAUUGUCGGCUUUCAGCUGCAGCCGCUGGCGCAGCUGCUCGAGAGCAGCCACUGUCCACUGGCGAAGGGGGAGCGCAGUGAUCCCGUCUAUUGGAUUGAUCGCGCCUGUGCGAUUAUACGCCACACGAAUCCUGAUGUGCCCGACAACGUGGAGCAUCCAACAGUUGCAAUAUUGAACGAUGCCUGGCCCCUGAUCUCCCGAGUCCUGGACAAAUACCAGAACGAUCUGCGAAUCAUGGAGCGCACCUGUCGUCUCAUCCGCUAUGCGGUGCGAAUGGUGCGCAAACAGGCGCUGCUCCUGCUCGAGCCGCUGAUCAAACAGAUCGUUGUGCUGUAUGCGGUGCAGCAUCAUAGCUGCUUCCUCUAUGUGGGCUCUAUCCUGGUGGAUGAGUUUGCCAAAACGAAUGAGUGCAUUGCCGGGCUGCUGGAGAUGCUGCAGGCGUUCAUCGAACCGACAUUUGGCCUGCUGCAGCUGGAGAACGGUUUGCGCAACAAUCCGGACACCGUCGAUGAUUUCUUUCGUUUGGCCUCCCGCUACUUGGACUGCUGUCCGCUGCAGCUGCUCCAGAGCAGCCUGAUCACGCCCAUCUUUCAGUGUGCUCUGAUUGCGUGCUCGCUGGAUCAUCGCGAGGCCAACUCAUCGGUGAUGAAAUUCUUCAUCAAUCUGCUGACCUGGGGACGCAGCAGCAAUCAUCGGCAUACGGAAUGUCGACCCCUGGUCACAGAGCUGGCCAGCCAGCAUGGCGGGGCGCUAGUCAUGAAUCUGAUACAGGCCUCGGUGUUCCAGUUGCACUCGUACAUGCUCGCCGAUGUCGCCGAGGUGCUCACCGAACUCAAGCAGGUCGUGCCCCAUGCCCAAAUUCAGUCCUUCCUCGCCCAUGCUCUCGAUGCGCUGCCCAAAAAGAAUAGCGGCGGCUAUGUGACUGCCACACAACAGCAACUGGAUGAGUUUAGCAACACGGUGCUGAGAGCUGACACCACAAAAGCCGUUUCACAAGCACUGAAAACAUUUACGCGACUCUUCCGUUGAAACCACCGCAUUCGCAUUGCCGCACCAGCAAGCAACGGCUCACCGCAGAGGGCCUGAAUAAUAAUAAUAAUAAUAACGAUAAUAAUAUGAGAAAUUGUACAUUUAAAAUGAUGUAUACGCAAUGUUGAGCAAAUGCUGCCGCUUCUGUUGGGUAUAGUUGGGUUGGGUGGCGCAAUGAUUUCACAAUUGAAUAUACAUAUUAUAUUAUUUUGCGUGCGGUCAACAGAUCCUCACGUACAACGUACAAUAAGUUGAUUAACUUAAGAGCACACUAGAAACUAAUUUAUAAACUGACCUAAAAUAUACAAUAACAAUGUUUAAUGACGACAA